GGGUCAGACCGUUCCGGGACUCCGUAACGCAAGCGUCAGGAUCAUCCCGACUGAAUAAUCUGGCAUUUUAAGCUAGCGUACCAAGCCAUCGACAUUGUCGUCACAUCCCCAGUCGAUACGAGAAUGUAAAUUAUCUGCAAAUUAAAUUAUAUAUUAAUUAGAAAUGUCGCGUGUUUUCAUCAUCGUCAUCACGCAUCGAGUUCCGCUGCAUCUGCCGCAGGUGUGAUGAUUCAUAUUUUAUUAUUACACACACGUGGGGUGUUGGUGUGACAGCAGCUGAGGCGAGUUGAUUUCCAAUCGAGAGAAGUUCGACCUGCGAUGCGGAACAAUAAUCAAUUGGCUUGAGUGAGGCGGUUGCAAAACAUUUAUAAAAACGGUGUGCAAAUUUGUUUUCGUGACUGUGUGAUGUGAACCUGGGUUUCUAGAAAAUGAAAGAGGGUACAGCACGUUUCGUUGUUGAUUAGAAUACCUGUAUCCCUGUGCCUAUAUAAUUAUAUUCCGAAUUCUUCGAUUCUUAACAUUGUUCUGCAGCAUUCGUAAUCAGCACCGACUGACUAUAAUUGGAAUGGAAACGAUAAUCCGCGUAGGAAGAGACCCCGCGCGCUUUUAAUUAAAUUUAAUUAAAUCGAACGAAUAUUCCCUUCGUCUUUGACGGUAUAAAAAAAGGUGAUUUCCCGCGCAUCCGCUUUAAAACCGAGAAAGCUUUAAACUCUCAAAGCUGCACCAUAGGCAGUGUUAUCCCCUUCUCCAUCCAUCUUCCGCAUUCACUAUACAUAUAUACAUAUACUAGGAUCUUUCUUCCGGAUUGAAAAGCGUCCGUUCGCGAGCCAAGAGCGGUGAAGGAGAGAAGAGGGAGGAGAUAGGGACCCGGUGUAAUUAAUUAAAACGUUUUAAUCAUCGCGAAAUUAGCUGCUCUGUGUGCAGGAUUGCUGCCGAGUUGUACAAUAACAACGCUACGUGAGGGUGAUUAACUUUUUUCACUGUCAUCGUUUUGGAAAUAAUUAAUUUUCAUUCCUCAUCAUCAUCGUUGUAAUCGUCAUCUGGAAGAGAUGUAUCGGCGAAGCAACAGCUGGAGUCUCGCAGCGUUCGCGUGCCUUUUCUUGCUGCUGAUGGGGACCAGCAGUUCUUCUUCGGCGAACGACUACGACGACACCGGUCUCAACUUUCCUACGGGGUUGGCCACUCACUGCCCCGGUAUGAAACCUCAGGCUUCCCUGGAUCUCGAACAGAUAACUGGCAAAUGGUACGUGGUCGAGUACGUGGAGCACAAGACGAACCCGAUGCGACCAACCAUCAGCAGUCGUGGUAUAACCGAGAGCUGCCCGGUGGUUAGGCUGCGAUUCACAGGCAGCGGGAGUCUCCGGCUCUUGUGGAGCACGCUGGAUGGUGAUCUCGACUAUUCUUUCAUCGUAACGGACCCUUCCCGCGCCCCGGGAUUAUGGAAAUCGAAGGAUCUGCAGAAUGGUACUUUGGUGAACAAGAAUUACGUCCAUUUUGUGGGCACCGUACAAGUGAUGAAAGCCGUAGCGUCCCACAUGGUAUUGACGUUCUGUACUAGAUCGCCGAACAACGAGCUGUACUCUGUCGUAUUGUCACGAAAUUAUCAUUUAACGGAGAAUGACAGAGCUGGCGUGCAAAGUUUGCUGUCGAGACGUUUACCGAUGAUAAGCGUUACCGAAACCUGCAUAAACAUUGUCGAAAACGGCAAAGAUAGCAUAAACACCGUUAACGUUAAUCGGUCAUGGUGGUCGAUCAUUCUCGCAUUGUUCACCCUUCUCGUCGCAACUUCGACUUACACAACGACAAUAUGAGAUUUUCUCUCGAAUGAGUGAAAAAAGCGAUAAGAGG